GGUUCAGUCCGUCGUGAGUCCUGCCGACUGACGUCAUCACUGUUUACGAACUCUAACCCGGAAACAACCGACGUGAAGAGCCCACCGAAAAAAAACCACAGACGUGAACUUUUGAAUUCACAAUGGAGAUGUCUUAUCAGUCCAUGAAGAUCGCUCAUCAGGCUCGAGAGGCGGUGAGUGGACGAAGGUUUAGUUUUUCUUCCCUCGAGCAAGAAGAUCUGAGGACUGACACGAGGAGGAAGAGUCUUCUCAUCCUCAUCUACCACCACCUGCUGGGGCAAGGCUACAUGGAAGCAGCAGUGGCCUUGGACCAAGAGAUGAAUGGAGGUGUGAGAAAAUUCGAGGUUUGCGACAACAUCGAUCUGGAGAUGGUGCUGAUGGAGUACGAGAGUUAUCACUUCGUCAAGUUCCAGAAAUAUCCCAAACUUAUCAGAAGAACAGCAGAACCAGUUGAAAACAGAAUUGUGAAAAGUGGUGGAGUAAAGAGGACUCCUUGUUCAGCUGUGAAGCGUCUUCCCAAAAUCAACCCAACCCAGAGACCACAGUCUGGAAACGGAGCCAAGAAGGCAACCACCAGUGAGAACGGCUCCUCUGUUCCUCCAGAGAUUUCAGACUUUGGUCUCAAUGUUUCGUCCAUCAGAAGUGGACCAGCAGGGGACAUAGCAGGGGACAUAGCCAUGAACAGAAAGGAACGGCUGCUGAAGCCCCUCAGUGGCUUCUCUGGAAUGGACGGAGAGAUGUCAGAACUGGCUGCAGUCAUCAGCAGGGACAUCUAUUUGCACAGCCCCAACGUGCGCUGGGAGGACAUCAUCGGCCUGGAAGAUGCCAAGCGAUUAGUCAAAGAGGCCGUCGUCUAUCCCAUUAAGUACCCCGAACUAUUCACAGGCAUCCUGUCUCCGUGGAAGGGCUUGCUGCUCUACGGCCCCCCAGGUACAGGUAAGACCCUGCUGGCCAAGGCCGUGGCCACAGAGUGCAAGACGACCUUCUUCAACAUCUCUGCCUCCAGCAUCGUCAGCAAGUGGAGGGGAGACUCUGAGAAACUGGUCAGGGUCCUGUUUCUGCUGGCCAGGUACCACGCCCCCUCCACCAUCUUCCUGGAUGAGCUCGAUUCAGUGAUGAGGCAGAGAGGAGGCAGCACGGGAGGAGAGCAUGAGAGCAGCAGCAGGAUGAAGACGGAGCUGCUGGUGCAGAUGGACGGACUCGUGAGAUCAGAGGAGCUGGUGUUCGUUCUGGCUGCCUCCAACCUCCCUUGGGAACUGGACCAUGCCGUGCUGAGGAGGUUAGAGAAGAGGAUUCUCGUGGGUCUUCCCUCCUCAGCAGCUCGCCAGUCUAUGACCUCUCAUUGGCUGCCGCCUCUCACCUCCACAAGAGGGGUGGAGCUACGAACUGAGUUGGACUACGAAACUCUGGCAAAGGAGAUGGAGGGCUACUCAGGCUCUGAUAUCAGAUUGGUGUGUAAGGAGGCCGCCAUGAGACCAGUUCGCAAGAUCUUUGAUGUUCUGGAGUCACAUCAGAAAGAAGACGCCCACGUGCCCGCCAUCCAGCUGGAAACCGUGACGACGGCCGACUUCUUAGAAGUCAUCACACACAGCAAACCGUCGGCCCGAAACUUGAUGGACAGAUACACAGCCUGGGAGAGAGAGUACGAGUCUGUGUGACUCUGCCACAGACGUACCUGUGAAGUCCUCCAGUGCGCUGUCCUCCACCAGCAGCAGCGGUCGGUGCUGUUCCCGCUCCAGCAGACUCCUCGCUGCACUCAGAGACGUGAAGAUUUCCUUUUCCUGCAAUGUAAAGUUCAUUUUCCAACGUUUUGGGGGGAAAAAAAGUCUAAUUUCUUGAUCAUUACAGUAAAAUCAUCUAGAUGGAAUGA